AUGCCACCAGCACCACCACCUCCCUCCUACCUCCGGUGGGUGCCCUUCGAGGGGCAGCUGCCCCCCGACGCUGUCUCCAGCUGGAACCAGGAGGCUCAGAGGCUGGAGUUCGUUUGCUCCACCAGGGUCCUGCACUGCAACACCGGAGCCUACGUCCCCCAGAGAGGUCCUCUCUGCUUCUACCCUUACUGGGGAGGGGAGAGGUCCACCAGGGACUUCCAGAUCUUGGUCAAUGUCGGCGGCUUCGAGGCCCUGGAGUGGGUGGAGGACUCCUUCGGGGGGGUGCCGGAGGGGGCGGUCGAAGGCUGCCCCUCCGUGGACAUCUUUGUGGGGAGGAGCAAGUAUGGCCUGGGCAAGGUCUCCAGGGAGCACAGAGCCCUCUUCGUGGUGGACCCCCAAGAGGGAGAGGAGCUUUGGUUCGCCUGGUACCAGGUCCUGGUGGUCAAGAAGGGCCCUGCGGAGAUCACCCUCGGAGAGGUCCUCUACGACCUGGGGAGGGCGGUGGAGGAGCCCCCCGAGGAGGUCACCCUGGGCAGGACCAUCCUGAGGAACCAGGCUUGCCACAAGGCCCCCCAGGCGGUCACCAUGAGGGAGGACACCGAGGUGGAGCAGGACUGGCAGCUGGACCAAAGGAUCUUCGCCACCCUCCGGGGGGUCCUGGAGGUCUCUCCCCUGACCUUCAAUGGCACCUCCUGGGAGGUCGCCCCCGGGGCCGCCUCCAGCCUGCCCUGGGCGGGGGGAGCCAGCAGCAGCCUCUACGUCACUCACAGCCUGGUGCUGGAGCAGGAGCUGGAGGCCCUCACGGCCUGCCAGGUGGCCAUGGAGGGCCGGCGCCGGGAGGUGCGCGUCCCCUUCGGCGCCACCCUGCGCAGGGACUUCGGCCGCGGCCGCCUCCACCGGCUGGCCGUCACCGGCUGGGCGCGCGGCAGGGCCGUGGGGGAGGUCCGGGCCGGGCUCAAGGAGUGUUGGCCAAUCCCUGCUGAGCCGCCCUGCCAGGGCUAG